AUGACAACUCAAAUUCCAAAAACCCAAAAAGCUGUUGUUUUCGACACCAAUGGUGGUGAAUUGCAAUACAAGGAUAUCCCUGUUCCCGAACCUCAACCAAAUGAACUUUUGAUCAAUGUCAAGUACUCGGGUGUCUGCCACACCGAUUUGCACGCCUGGAAAGGUGACUGGCCAUUGCCAACUAAGUUGCCUUUAGUCGGUGGUCAUGAAGGUGCAGGUAUCGUUGUUGCGAAGGGGUCGAUGGUUUNNNAGGGCUGGGAAAUUGGUGAUUUGGCCGGUAUUAAGUGGUUGAAUGGGUCUUGUAUGUCUUGUGAAUACUGUGAAAAAGCUAAUGAAUCCAACUGUCCACAGGCCGAUUUGUCUGGGUACACUCAUGAUGGUUCAUUCCAGCAGUAUGCUACUGCAGAUGCAGUUCAAGCCGCUCGUGUUCCAAAGGGAACUGACUUAGCCGAAGUUGCUCCUAUCCUAUGUGCUGGUAUCACUGUCUACAAGGCUUUGAAGUCUGCUAAUCUACGUGCUGGUGAAUGGGUUGCCAUCUCUGGUGCUUCCGGUGGUUUAGGUUCCCUAGCUGUUCAAUACGCCAAGGCGAUGGGUUACAGAGUCUUGGGUAUCGAUGGUGGUGAUGAAAAGGCUAAAUUGUUCAAACAAUUGGGUGGUGAAUAUUUCAUCGAUUUUACCAAAUCCAAGGAUGUCAUUGCAGAAGUCAUCAAGGCUACUGAUGGUGGUGCUCACGGUGUCAUUAACGUUUCUGUCUCGGAAGGCGCAAUCUCUGCUUCAACUCGCUACGCAAGAGCCAACGGUACAGUUGUGCUAGUCGGUCUACCAGCCAACGCGUACUGUAAAUCCGAAGUGUUCAACCAAGUGGUCAAAUCCGUCGCAAUCGUCGGAUCAUACGUUGGUAACAGAGCUGAUACUCGUGAAGCUCUAGAUUUCUUUGCAAGAGGCCUUGUCAAAUCACCAAUUAAGAUUGUUGGACUCUCCACUUUGCCAGAAAUUUACGAAAAGAUGGAGAAGGGCCAAAUCGUGGGUAGAUACGUCGUUGACACCUCCAAAUAA